AUGUCGGCGCUUCGGGAAGGGCCUCGCGUUGCGCGCCAGAUAUCUCAACGCACUUCGCGACUACCAUUGGUUUCGACAUGUGCACGCAAGUUCACUUCUUCGUCCGCGACUUGGUCGUCGGUUGAGGCCAACCUUGCCGAUCUCGAAACCACCACAACGAACGUGCCCCCUCCGGACGAGAAGGUGAUUGAAGCUUUCAACAACGUCGAGAGGGUGCCGGACGUCGCCUCCCGGAAACAGGUUCGUCAAAUUCCGUAUCAAUACCAUCCUCCCAAGUACGAUCGUGGGCCGCUUCACCCCGUCCAAGGCCCUGCCCGAUCCGAUCCCGUUGCGCGAAACUUCAUGCCGGGUCCCUUCAACCUCCCUCGCCUGAAGCAGACCUACGACCACACAAUCUCCUCUGAUCUUUUGACCCUCGCGUACCUCCAUAAGCCUCCUGGCACACCCAAGGCUCCUGAGCGAGAACGUCUACGAAAGUGGGUUGGUGACUCGCCUUACUUCGAGAACCGUCCCCUUCGCGGCCCUCGAGGCGCUGCGAAUCUACCUCUCCUCGAGAAGGAAAUCAACUUCAACAACAUUCCUCAAAUUCAUGCCGUACAUCUGAACUGCUUCGUCCCCAAAGCGAUCAAGGAUUACGAUCUCCUCUACGUGGCCAGAGCCGUUCUUCAGUCUAUCAGCGGCCGCGUCCCGAGGGUAACAUGGAUCAAGACGGGCGUUGCUCAAUGGAAGACCAAGGAUGGUGACAACUCAGGCUGCAAAGUCACUAUUUUUGGUGACCAGGCGAUUGAGUUUGUUGAUAAGCUCGUCAAUCUCGUUCUCCCCAAAAUCAAGGACUGGCCCGGCCUAAAAGCUGGUUUCGAUGGCAGCGGUAACCUCAGUCUCGGAUUUUCCCCAACCGAAAUGGCUCUGUUCCCCGAAAUUGAGUCUAGCUUCGAUAUGUACCCUCAAAAGACUAUCCCCGGUUGCCAUUUCGUCCUCGAGACAACGGCAACUUCAGACCGCCAGGCCCAGUUACUUCUCCGCGCUCUCGGUGUCCCCUUUAAAGACGAAUAA